GUAAGAAACUAGAAAAUUUCUUCAUUCAAUCUUAUAUAUAUAAAAGACAAGCCCAAACACAUCUAAAAUCAUAUAUAUUCAAUUAAGGCUUUUAUUGAUUUACAAUGACCAUGUUUGUUUAUACAACAAUAGCUUGUGCAAUCUUUUCCUUCCUAUGCAUCAUCUUCCAAAUCCAUAGAAGACGAUGUUGCAAAUAUCCCAUCUUGAUAGAUUAUACUUUUCUUGGCAUGUUACCAUCACUCCUUUGGAACUUGUGGAAUAUUCAUGAUUUCUUAGCUGCGUUAUUGAAGCAACAUAGAGGUAGUGGUGAGUUCAUGGGACCUUGGUUUACCAAAAUGAAUUAUUUCAUCACUAGUGACCCCAUGAAUGUGCAUCACAUAAUGAGCAAGCGUUUUGACAAUUAUGUGAAGGGUCAUGAAUUUCAUGAGAUAUUUGAAGCCUUUGGAGAUGGAAUAUUCAACGCUGAUUCAAAGACAUGGAAAUAUAAUAGGUCUCUUCUUCACUCUAUUUUUAAACAAAGAAGCUUUGAAUUGUUUCAAGAGAAAAUCAUUCAAAACAAGUUGGAGAGAAGUUUGAUUCCUUUGUUGGACCAUGUACAACAACAAGGGUCAGUGGUUGAUUUACAAGAUGUCUUCAAUCGCUUCACAUUUGAUAACAUUUGUUCUGUAGUUCUUGGAUGCGAUCCUAACUGUCUUUCCAUUGACUUCCCAGACGUUGCUUGUGAGAAGGCUUUUGACCAAAUUGAAGAAUGCAUAUUCUAUAGGCAUGUUGUGCCAAGAAGUGUUUGGAGGUUGCAACAAUUACUUCAAGUUGGUCAAGAGAAAAAGAUGACCAAAGCAUGCAAAGAAUUUGAUCAAUUUAUAUAUUCAAAUAUAGAGUCCAAAAGAGUGGAGCUAAGGAAAGGUACCAAAAAUAUUGAUGAAAUGGGUGAUUUGUUAACCACUUUGAUGAAUGAAGAGAAGGGAUCACAAGUAGUACAACAUGACGACAAGUUUCUAAGAGAUGCUGCUUUCAAUCUCUUUGUAGCCGGAAGAGAUACUAUAACUUCAGCGCUUACAUGGUUAUUUUAUCUCGUUGCUACACAUCCUUUAGUAGAAACCAAGAUUCUUGAAGAGAUUAAAGAACAUUUUGGAACCAUUAAUAUUGAUCAAAAGAAGUUAGGGGUUGAUGAAGUGAAGAAGCUAGUUUAUCUUCAUGGUGCUAUAUGUGAGGCUAUAAGGCUUUUUCCUCCUAUACCCUUUGAGCGCAAGAAAGCAAUUAAAGGUGAUGUACUUCCAAGUGGUCAUAUUAUUAAUCCAAAUACAAUUAUAUUAUUUUCUUUGUAUUCAAUGGGGAGAUUUGAAGAGAUAUGGGGAGAAGAUUGCUUGGAGUUCAAGCCAGAGAGAUGGAUAUCUGAGAGAGGUAGCAUUGUUCAUGAACCGUCUUAUAAGUUCUUUAGUUUUAAUGCUGGACCAAGGACUUGUUUGGGAAAGGACUUGUCCUUCAUUCAAGUUAAAAUGAUAGCAAUUGCUAUUUUGAGCAAAUAUUGUGUUCAAGUAGUGGAUGGUCAUGUUCCUAUAUUAAGUCAUUCAAUUGUACUUCUAAUGAAGAAUGGUUUGAAGGUUAGGAUAACAAAAAGAUGAAUUUGAUGGAGGUUUCCAGACACCGUCUCUUCAUUCCAACAAAAAUACUAGAAUCUGUCUGUAUCCAAGAAUAUUAAUAUAUAAAGCAUACAUCACUUUCUAUAACCAAAAUCACCUAUCACAUGUGAGCAGCGGCUGAUGAUGUUUAUGUAAUCUAGGAUAUUGUAGUUCUUCAUCUCAUUGGAAUAUUUAUUAAUAAACCAAAUGAGUUUAUUUGUGUGGGUA